AUGUCUGAAAACCCCGCCCAAAGCUACCCAAGUGGGGGAAGGGAAACUGAAAUGGCACCUGUAGUGGGUGAAGUUGACAUUUCAAAACCAGGCCAGGGAUAUCCCCAACCUCCCAAGUCAACGUACGUUCCUCCCGGCCAAGGGUUUGGUGAUGGAGCGUCGGGUGCGCCGGGGUCCGAAAAUGAGUGGGAAACAGGAAUGAUCACCGCCCCUUGUAAAGAUUGCUGCUUUUGCUUGGGUUCCUGUGCUGGUACCAUAUUUUGUGCCUAUGCGCAACGGGAAGCGCUACUACUAAGCGACUUUCAACAAUACACCUGCUUUGGUGGUAUGUGUGGCCAGUGCUCAUGCUGUGUUUGUCAUGGGUUCGAAAAAUGUUGUAUGGGCACGGAAGUCUUCUGCUGCCCGUGGUGCGCCGUGUUUGCGAAUCGGUUCAUGGUUCUUCAACACUAUGGACUUCAGGAAAGUCUCGUGAACACAGUGGUCAUAGCGGCUGCCUGCUUCCUUCCGUUGUUAUUGUUGUUAUGGGAUCCUCGUUUUGUUCCCGGGGCUUGGCUGGCCCUCCAAGAGAUGAUUUUGGGGUGCCUGCUGACACAACAACAACAUCAAAUGAGGGUUCAGGGAUAUCCAAGGAGAGUGGAAAUGGUGUAA